UUCCCAGGCAGAUCGACGCGCCACCUGGCUCUGUGCGCGCACUGGCCUCACGCGUUCGAUCCGCGGCUGCCAGAAAGCUCUGCGCAUCCCAUUUAGCCGUCCACGAGCGCGUGACGCGCGCGGCGCCUGUGUGGGCUCAUACCGCCCAGGAAAGCUCUGCUGGACGCGCCGCGUGCACGAUGGACGCCGACACCGUCCAGGCCCUCCGCGACGCCAAGGCCUUGUUCGACGAGGGCAUCCUGAGCGAGCAGGAGUUCAAGGAGAAGAAGGCCGAGUUAUUGCAGCCCAAGGCCGCGCCCGUCGCCGCGAAGCCCAAGCCCAAGCCCAAGCCCGCGCCGAAGAAGAAGAGCGAGGCCAAGCCCAAGGCCGAGAAAAAGCCCAAGAAGUCCAACGCGUCCAGCGACGGCAGCGAGAAGGAGAAGAAGGCCCCCCGGGUGGCCGAGCUCACGCUGCAGGACGCGGGCGAGGACGGCGUCCUGGUGACGGGUUCUGGUACCUUCCGCGCGAAAUCUCUGCUCGCGUCGCUCGGCGGGAGCUGGUCCAAGAAAUUGAAGGCGUGGGUUUUUGGUGCCGGAACGGCCCACGCGACGGCGGCGGCGCUCAAGGCGUCGACGGCGCCUUCGAUCAAUCUGACGGUCGAGGAGGGCGGCGCCGGCGCGGCGAAGCGGCGCGAGUCGUCGCUGGCGUCGGCCAAGGCCGAGGCGCUCGCGGCGGCGGCCACAGCUGGUGCCUCGGCGACGCUCGAGGUCUGUAAACACAAGCGCGCGGUCCUCGUGAAGGGCGACACGAAGAACGUGAAGCCCGUGCUCCAGGCGCUCGAGGGCUCCUGGAACAAGGGCCUCGGCGGCUGGGUCUUUCCGAUGAAGAAGCGGGAGGAGGUUUUGGCGGCGCUGCGCCAGGACCCGACGAACACGAUUAACGAGGACCCGGCUUUAGUCGCCGAAGCCGCCAAAGCCGUCAAGGCCGAGCCCGUCGCCGAGAAGCGCAAGUCCGUCGACGCGGCCGACGCACCGGAGGCGAAGCGCCAGUCGCUCGACGGCGAGCAGCUGUACCCGCCGAGCGCGUGACUCCGUGAGCGUGCCUCCCUGAAGAC